ACCAUGCUAAACUCCACUCCUGUUUCUUACUUUGUUCUUGGGGCCUUCGUGGACUUGGGGUCAUUAAAAUAUAUGAUGUUUGUCUUUCUUCUGCUUCUGUACAUCUCCAUUGUUGUCUCUAACGUGCUGCUGGUGUUGGUUAUCUGUGUGGAUCGGACUCUCCACGAGCCCAUGUACCUGUUUCUGUGCCCUCUGUUUGUAAACGAAGUCUUCGGCAGCUCUGCCCUCUAUCCUCUCCUCCUGGCACAAAUCCUGGAGGACGUCCAUGUGAUCUCCACCACCAUGUGCUUCCUCCAGAUCUUUGUGUUGUAUUCAUACGGAGGGAUCGAGUUUGGCACACUCGCCAUCAUGUCCUACGACCGCUACCUGGCCAUCUGCCGCCCCCUGCAGUACAACUCCAUCAUGACGCCCUGUAAGAUCGCAGCUCUCACGACUCUGACCUGGUUCUACUCCAUAUUUAUGAAUUUGAUCUUCGUGUAUGUACUAACUCCUCUAAAGCUCUGUGGAAACUUCAUCCCCAAAGUGUACUGCGAUAACUUCUGGGUGGUGCGUCUGAGCUGCUCUGACACACUCCUCCGAAAUGUCUUCGGUUUGGUGAAUAGUUCAUGUCGUGCUGUAGGCAUCGUCAUGCUCAUCCUGUACUCAUAUGGACGGAUUCUUCACGUGUGUUUUAACAGCUCCGCGAGCACUCGCCGUAAGGCUCUGAGCACAUGUACGCCUCACCUCAUCUCCCUCCUGAACUUCUCAUGUGGGGGUUUAUUUGAGAUCAUACAGAGCCGCUUUAACAUGAACGCUGUGCCCAUGGUGCUGCGCGUGUUCCUGUCUCUGUACUGGCUCAGUCUGCAGCCUCUGAUCAACCCUCUGGUCUAUGGACUCAAGACCAGCAAGAUCCGCCUGGUCAUCAGAACUCUGCUCUGCCCCAAGUCUGUUAUGUGA